AGCCCGCAUCCGUUCCGGCGCAUUUGAAUUAGAACAGUUCCGGAUUACACCGAGUUGUCAAUGGGAUAGCUCUAAAAAAUGGCGACCGAAUCUGGUAAACAGCAGAGAUCUUCAUCGGCCAAGGAGACAAUGGAUGUUCUGAUGGAGAUGUCAAAGAUAUUGAACACUGGUCUGGAUAUGGAAACACUAGCAACAGUGGUUAGACUGUGUGAGAGUGGAGUGAACCCAGAGGCACUGGCACUUGUUUUCAAUGAACUCCGGAAAGAAUCAGCUUCUAUAAAGGAAAUAAAUGAAAAGAUCAGACAGGAGAAAGAAAAAAGAAGCCAUACAGGCUUGAUGCCCAGUAAUGACAGUGAAACAAGUGGCAGCUGAUAUAAGCAAAUGUGAUAAAAGUGGUGCACAGCGUAGUUGAGGAUUUUUCACAAUGUGAUAAAGGAUUUUAUACAUUAACAUGAUGUUGAAAGUACUUGAAUUCGCAGGAAAAGACUUGCUGAUUGAACUAAUUUGUUGUGAUUGUUCAAAGGAAUGGAAUAUUCGUUUUACCUGUAUAUCCAGUUACGUUUUAAAAAGAUCUGACACACUUAUCUUCUGAACUGUUCGUAGCACUAUAAGAUUGUUUGAUGUUGUGACUUAUUUAACAGAACUGUAAACUGUAUCUUGAUGAGAUUGUCUAGUAUAAUUAACUAAUGGUGUAUAGCCAGUGAAAUUUUCGUAGUCUGAAUGAGUUUUUUGUACGGAUGUCUAAACUUCUUUACAGAGCCUUGUACAAUUUUGAAAUAAAUUGAACAGCACCAUGGACGGAAGUUCGUCUUUGAUGUAUCUCUAACAAAAUAUUUAUCUUUUUGAGCUUUGAAAUUCGAACGCCCUGUUUUCAAACUGUUUUUGUGCCACAACCAUCAGAUUUUAGUAAUAAUACAGAAAAAUGAAUUGA